AUGUCAGACGGAUUUCGACACGAGCUUGCUCCUUGCUCUACUGGUAGGCUCCUGGACGUCUCCUUGCCGACACCUCACGACACGCACGAUACAAACGACGACUCCGACAUGCGCACCGCCAUUCUCGCCUUAGCCUCCUUCGUCUCGCUCGCGGUUGCCGCACCACCGACCACCGUCGAGACACGAUCCCUCGACCAAAUCUACCAAGCAGCCCAGAAGGAGACGGGCACUCUGCGCGUUGCCUGGGGCGGGGAUCUUGCCUCGAGCAGCGACGGAGUUACUGCAGCCUUCCGUGCCCGCUUUCCAGGAAUCCAAGUCAACAUCACGACUGACCUCUCCAAAUACUGGGACUCCCGCAUCGACCGCGCCUACCAGGUCAGCAAUGGUACCGAUGACGGCUAUGACGUCGCUGUUCUGCAAGCCUUGCACGACUUCCCUCGUUGGAAGAGAGAGAGGCGUCUCCUGAACUACAAAGCCGCCAAAUGGAACGAUAUAUACCCCCAGUUUGUGGACCGCGACGGGGCGUAUAAUGGAUUGUUCGUCUUCGGCUUCGGCCAGAACAUCGUCUACAACCCUAACUACUUCGAUACCCCCUUCGCACAAAGCUAUCUUGACUACCUCAAGCCCGAGUGGAAGGACAAGCUCAUCCUGACGUACCCCAACGACGACGACGCCGUCCUCUACCUCUUCAAACUCAUCGUCGACAAAUAUGGCUGGGGAUACGUCGACAGGCUCGUUGCUCAGGGUGUCCAAUGGGUCCGCGGUACGGCUACGCCCUCUCUCGUCCUGUCGCGCAACAACACCGCCGGCCUCUCGUUUACCUCCUAUCCCUCCUCCCCGGACGUCGUCGCCAGGGACGGCACCGACGUCUACAUGGUCUGGCCCCAGACCGGCACGAUCUUCAAGAGCACCCCCGUUCCCGAGACGGCGAAGCUUUUCAUCAGCUUCCUCCUCGACGACGAGUGGCAAAACACCGCCUCUGGCGGUGGGUUCGCCGCCCGCAAGUCUAUCGACAAGAAAGGCGUGUUCAAGCAGCCUGGACUCGAUCCCACCAGCUAUUCCAGGUUCAUGUCCGAUCGCCAGCAGGUCGAGGCGUGGAGAUUCCAGUUCGAAACCACGCUUGGUACACCGCAAGGUGGUAACCCGACAUACUACACUGUCUAG